AAAAAUCAAACUCUUUGGAAUUGGUUGAAGAGAGAGAUAAAAAUAAAUACUAAAAAGAAACUUUUAGAGAGAGAAAGUAGAGAGAAACAAACGUAAUCCAAAGCCAUUCACCCAUUCAGAAACCUUUUUUACUUUCUCUCUCUAAAACAUCAUCCCACUCGAUCGGACCCCUCCCAUCCCAUUCCUUACGCAGCAUUCUAUCAGUUCACACUCGCACGAAUCUGUAUAAAGCUAUAUGUAAAGUAUCAUAUAUUCGUAUAUAUAUAAUAUUGUAUACAUAUACAUAUAUAUAUAUAUAUAUAUAUAUAUAUAGUUAUAUAGUCUGUGCAAUGGAGAGGUACCGUCGGACACCGGCGACGGAUGGGUCACGGUCCGAUCCGGUGGAGGAAUGGAGCUCGGCGGGAGGCGAAACCGGACUCGAAGAUUCUAUGUGGCAGAUGGGAUUUGGCGGUGGAGGUGAAUCGUAUCCAGAGAGGCCCGACGAGGCCGAUUGUAUUUACUAUUUGAGAACAGGGUUUUGUGGAUAUGGUUCACGGUGUCGGUUCAAUCAUCCCCGGGACCGCAGUGCGGCUUUGGGUGCUUCGAGAGCUGGUGGAGGGGAGUAUCCGGAGCGAGUGGGCCAAACAGUGUGCCAGUAUUAUAUGCGAACCGGAAUGUGUAAAUUUGGUGCUUCCUGCAAGUAUCACCAUCCAAGACACGCGGGAGGAUCUGUGAACCAAAUGGCACUUAAUAUUUCUGGAUACCCACUAAGACCGGAUGAAAAAGAUUGCACGUAUUAUGUGAAAACUGGGCACUGUAAGUUUGGUGUAACCUGUAAAUUCCAUCAUCCGCAGCCAGCUGGCAUACAAGUGCCAGCACCAGCACCUGGACCUUUGCCAGCACUAGCUCCUGUGCCAACACCGGGAAUCUAUCCAGCUAUGCAGUCUCCUUCUGCUCCAUCAUCUCAACAAUAUGGAUUUAUGGCCAGCAACUGGUCAGUUGCGAGGCCUGCUCUGCUUCCAGGUUCAUAUAUCCAUGGGGCUUAUGGUCCCAUGCUGCUUCCUUCUGGAGUGGUUACGGGUUGGAAUCCUUACCAGGCACCCAUAAGUCCAAUAGCCUCCCCUGGUACUCAACCCACUGCCGGAGGGGCCCCUAUUUAUGGGAUAACACAAUUAUCUCCUUCAGCACCGGCCUAUACAGGAUCUUAUCUAUCCAUACCUUCUUCUGGUCCUUCGGGCAGCAGCCAGAAGGAACAUGCAUAUCCGGAAAGACCUGGCCAACCUGAAUGUCAAUUUUAUAUGAAAACAGGGGACUGUAAAUAUGGAUCCUCCUGUAAAUACCAUCAUCCACGAGAAUGGAGUAUGCCAAAAAUGAGUUUUGCCCUUAGCCCCGUGGGUCUUCCUCUACGCCCAGGUGCACCGCUUUGCAAUCACUAUGCACAAAGUGGAGAAUGCAGAUUUGGGCUCUCAUGCAAGUUUCAUCACCCAAUGGGAACACUGAGUUACAGUCCGUCUGCGUCUUCUCUUGCUGAUAUGCCUGUUGCUCCAUAUCCUGUGGGAUCUUCAAUUGGUACUUUAGCUCCAUCGUCCUCAUCAUCAGACUUGAGGCCUGAACUUACUGCAGGAUCCAACAAGGACAGCUUUCCAACCAGAAUGUCAUCAUCUAUGAGUGUGUCUAGUGGUUCAAUCAGUUCGAUUUUCUCAAAGAGUGGACCUCUUCCUCAUUCAAAUGUGCUGCAGUCUGGUCAGAGUACUAGCCCUUCAAUUAGUAGCAGUAGCUCAGGUCAUGGAGGUGAGAUUCAUACAUCAAGCUGAGGAAAGAUUCAAGAAAAUUGUCAUAACCCUGUUGAUCAAAUUUCACACCAAACAAUAUAUUUUUGUCCAAGUCCUCUGAUAGGAGGCUUGUUUUCUUGAUCAUCAUGGUUCUACAUUUCAGAUCUAGAAUGCCACAGUUCUAUUCAACCCUCUGUUCAUAUACUCUUUAUAUGGCUACCGCCUGCAUCUUGAUUAAGCCAUAGCAAAACUUCAUUGAUCCAGCCAACCCCAUAUAGCCUUCCAACCAUCUCCUGAAUAAUGAGAGAGAAAGCCCGCUUCCAUUGGGCCAAUUUGCAUCAAUCUCUCCAAUUUUUGGUGGUGUAUAUCUGUGCUGUAAUCUUUUUUGGAACGAAAAAGAUCAGUCGCACACUCUUUGUCCUUUCACAUUGACUCUUUGUUUGUGUUUAUAUUUUGUGGUUCCUCUUCAACUCUGGAAACAAGCUUCCAAUUCAACUUGCAAAUAAAUUUGAAGGUGAUUGUGUUCCAUGAUUCUAUCCCUUUUUUAUCUAGUGUUUAAUGUGUGGAGGGAAAAAAAAAAAAAAAAAGGAUAUUU